AUGGCCAUUCAUCCGUUGAAAGACCUCUCCGAGGCCGAGUUCAAGCUUGCUGGCGACGUCGUGAAGAAGCUUUACACCUCUGAAGUGACGCUCUUCUUCCGCGCAAUCUACCUGCAAGAACCGAAGAAAGCAGAGCUCAUUCCCUUCUUGCAGGCCGAGCAUGAAGGCACCCUCAACGACAGCACGCCGCGGCCCCCGCGACGGGCGCGGCUCCAGUACGAUGUAAUCAAGAGCGGGAAGCUCCCGGAAUACACAACGUCCAUCGUCGAUCUCGAAACGAAGACAGAAGCCGAGCGCAUCGUGGCCAAGCCAGAGUCUCAGACCGGCUACACCCCCGAUGAGUUCGGCGCCUUCCAAGACGCCUGCAUCGCCUCUCCCCUCUUCAAAGACGCAAUGUCGGAGUUCUCCCUCCCCGAGAACUUCACAGUCACGAUCGACCCUUGGCCCUACGGCGGCCCAGACCCCUCGGACGGCGCCAUUCCGCGCACCAUGCAAGGCCUCGUCUUCGCCCGCGACGCCGCCGCCAACAACCCGGACUCGAACCACUACGCCUACCCGAUCCCAUCAUCCCCGUCAUGGACUUCACCACCAAGAAGAUCGAACACAUCCGCGGGCCCCAAACCGCUCUUCACGACGAAGAUCACCCCCGGCGCCGAAUACGUCCCGGAACUGCUCGACAUCCCCCAGCGCGCGGACCUGAAACCCAUCAACAUCACGCAGCCCGAGGGCGCCAGCUUCACAGUCCACAGCGACAACCUCGUCUCCUGGCAAAAGUGGCGCUUCCGCCUCGGCUUCACCCCGCGCGAGGGCGCCGUCCUGCACGACCUCUGCUACGACAACCGCCCCGUGCUCUUCCGCCUCAGCUACAGCGAGCUCACCGUCCCCUACGGCGACCCGCGGCCGCCGUUCCAGCGCAAGCAGGCCUUCGACCUCGGCGACGGCGGCUUCGGGCGCGUCGCGAAUAACCUCGAGCUCGGGUGCGACUGCCUCGGCGCGAUCCACUACUUUGACGCGCUGCUGGCGGACGCGGGGGGCAACCCGACGGUGGCCAAGGCGGUGGUGUGUCUGCACGAGCAGGACAACGGGAUCGGGUGGAAGCACACGAACUUCCGCACGAACCGGGCGGUGGUGACGAGGUUGCGGGAGCUGGUGGUGCAGUGCGUCGUCACGCUGGCGAACUACGAGUAUGUGUUCGCGUACAAGCUCGACACGGCGGGGGGGAUCACGCUGGAGACGCGGGCGACGGGGGUGAUGAGCGUGGUGGCGAUGGACGCGGGCAAGACGGAGAGCGAGUACGGGGUCGUCGUGGCGGACGGGGUGCUGGCGCAGAACCACCAGCACGUGUUCGCGGUGCGGAUCGACCCGGCGGUGGACUCGUACGCGGCCGGGGACACGGGGGUCGUGGUGGAGGAGAGCGUGCCGGUGGCGAUGGACGAGCGGACGAACCCGUACGGGAAUUUCUAUAAGGUGGUGAAGCGGGAGGUGGAGCGCGCGUGCUGGGUGGACGCGGAGCCGCGGGUGAACCGCGUGGUGAAGAUGCAGAACCGGCGGGUGCGGAACGCGGUGAGCGGGCGGAACGUGGCGUAUAAGCUUGUGCCGAGCGCGACGCAGCUGAUACUCGCGGACGAGGCGAGCCAGGUGAGUAAGAGGGCCAAGUUCGCAAGGCACCAUGUGUGGGUGACGGGGCACCGGGACGAGGAGCUGUGGGCGGCGGGGGAGUUUACGAACCAGAGCGUUGAGGAGGAAGGGGGUGUGUGGGAUAUGGUGCAGCGGGGGGACUGGUUUGGCGACAAUGAUGGUGAUGUUGGGGAGGGGAACGGAGGAGGGGAGGGGAGGAAGAGUAGUCCGGUCAUCUGGAGCGUUUUCGGGCUGACGCACAAUCCCCGGGUUGAAGACUGGCCUGUGAUGCCUGUCGAGAUUCAUCAAAUGCAUAUCCGGCCUGCGGAUUUCUUUAUGUCGAACCCGGCGCUGGAUAUGCCUGGGGCCAGGAACAAGACGAGCGUGAUUGUGCCGUGUUGCGGAGGGUCAGGACAGAACGGGGCAAACGGGGCGAAGGAGGGGGGUAGUGUGCAGCGGGAUCCGGCGGCGCAUCUUCAGGGGCCGGGGCCGGAUGUUGAUGCUGAGGAAGUCGGGGCGCAUACACGAUAG